GGAGAGCUGCGCGAGCGGUCUGUGCUGCUGUCGUCUGCCUCGGUUCUCAACGCGGUCUUUGUCCUUCCAGCUUUGUUCUCGCCGCGCUGGCGUCGUCCUCGCCCCCGUCGCCGCCUGCCCCGCGCGCCCGGGCCUUGCCCACCAUGGUGGCCAGGCCCGAGCCUGAGGUCGAGGCCAUGGACGCUGAGCUGGCGGUGGCGCCGCCAGGCUGCUCGCACCUGGGCAGCUUCAAGGUGGACAACUGGAAGCAAAACCUGCGGGCCAUCUACCAGUGCUUCGUAUGGAGCGGAACUGCCGAGGCUCGCAAGCGCAAGGCAAAGUCCUGUGUCUGCCAUGUCUGCGGCAUUCACCUGAACCGGCUGCACUCUUGCCUCUACUGUGUCUUCUUUGGCUGUUUCACGAAGAAGCACAUCCAUGACCAUGCUAAGUCAAAGCGGCACAACCUGGCCAUUGACCUGAUGUAUGGAGGUAUUUACUGCUUCUUGUGCCAGGACUACAUCUAUGACAAAGACAUAGAAAUCAUUGCCAAAGAGGAGCAGCGCAAGGCUUGGAAGAUGCAAGGUGUUGGAGAGAAGUUUUCGACUUGGGAACCAACUAAACGAGAGCUGGAGCUGCUGAAGCACAACCCGAAGAGGCGGAAGAUCACCUCCAACUGCACCAUAGGUCUGCGUGGACUGAUCAACCUGGGGAACACAUGUUUCAUGAACUGCAUCGUGCAGGCGCUAACCCACACGCCGCUUCUGAGGGACUUCUUUCUGUCAGAUAGGCACCGCUGUGAGAUGCAGAGCCCCAGCUCCUGCCUGGUCUGCGAGAUGUCCUCUCUCUUCCAGGAGUUUUACUCGGGGCACCGCUCCCCACACAUUCCGUACAAGCUGCUGCACCUGGUGUGGACGCACGCCCGGCACCUGGCAGGUUAUGAGCAGCAGGACGCCCAUGAGUUCCUCAUUGCAGCCCUGGACGUCCUCCACCGGCACUGCAAAGGUGAUGACAACGGGAAGAAAGCCAACAACCCUAACCACUGCAAUUGCAUCAUUGACCAGAUCUUCACGGGUGGGCUCCAGUCUGAUGUCACAUGCCAGGUCUGCCAUGGGGUCUCCACCACCAUAGACCCCUUCUGGGACAUCAGUUUAGACCUGCCCGGUUCUUCCACCCCAUUCUGGCCCUUAAGCCCAGGGAGCGAGGGCAGUGUCGUCAAUGGGGAGAGCCACGCGUCUGGGACCACCACUCUCACAGACUGCCUGCGAAGAUUUACCAGACCAGAACACUUAGGAAGCAGUGCCAAGAUCAAGUGUAGUGGUUGCCAUAGCUACCAAGAGUCCACAAAGCAGCUCACCAUGAAGAAGCUACCCAUUGUGGCCUGCUUCCAUCUCAAACGAUUUGAACACUCAGCCAAACUUCGGCGGAAGAUCACCACAUAUGUGUCUUUUCCCCUGGAAUUGGACAUGACGCCCUUUAUGGCCUCCAGCAAAGAGAGCAGGAUGAAUGGGCAGUACCAGCAGCCCCUGGACAGUCUCAACAAUGACAACAAAUACUCCUUGUUUGCUGUCGUUAACCACCAAGGGACCUUGGAGAGUGGCCACUACACCAGCUUCAUCCGGCAGCACAAAGACCAGUGGUUCAAGUGUGAUGACGCCAUCAUCACCAAGGCCAGCAUCAAAGAUGUGCUGGACAGCGAAGGGUACCUGCUCUUCUACCACAAACAGUUCCUGGAAUAUGAGUAGCCUCCUGCCUUGCAGGCCAGAAAAAUCGAGAGAGAACAAGUUGGCAAACUUCCUGACAUGAUCCCUGCUUCCCCCGAAUCAGAACAUGGCAUUCCUCCUGUGCAGGCGAGCCUCACAUGUGGCCCCCCUGCACUAGGGGAUGUGUCAGGUGGGAUGAGCGUAAGAGCUGAGUGGGGUGCGCCCUUGGUGGAAAGGAGCUCCCUCUCCAGCACCUGUCUUUUCAACCUUGUAAGCUAGGGAUGGGUGUCUUCAGAGCAGACCAUCUGUCUGCCUGGUGCUUCACCCUGCCAUCCCACAUGGUAAAAAGCACCUGCCUCCUUGAAAAUGAGCCCAUCAAAGCUGUAGAGUGGGCAAAGAUGAUGCCAGAGGGCAGAGUGCUUGCAGCAGCCCUCUGGCAUGAAGGGCGGGGGGCUUGUCCUUUCUAAAGUUGUAAGGUAGCCCUGGGCCCAGGGCGAGGCCACCCACAGGCUACAGAUACAACUGUCCUACAGAUAACUUAGCAUCAACUGCAUGUGGAAACAUCAGCCCAGAGGUUCCCUUUGUUGUCUAGAAGUAGGCAUCUUCUUCCCUGUACCCCAUUGCUCCUUUCCACGGUGGUGAUGUUCAUAAACGUGAUGAUAGUGAGGUGAAGGAUUAUUGAGUUUGUACGGGAUUCUAGAUGAGCCUCUUCCCCCUGAGAGCAAGUGUCUGGCUUGUUGAUCAGUGUUGUUUCCUUGCCCUGUGCCCUGACUUCCUUCCCACACGGCUGGUGGCCAGGGAUCGGGGCCUAGUAUCUUGAUCUUUGCAGUAGAUUCCUUCAUGGUCCCAUUGACCCAAUCCUCCAUGUUUCUUAUUGGUCUCUGGUCUUUUUACCUGCGAGGGUGGGUGAGUGGCUGCGUGAGAUUUGAAGCUGAGUGGUCCAGGUGGAGACUGCAUUGCAUAGUGUCACCCGCUUGCCUCUGCUCUGUGUUCACUACAGUUUCAGUCACAGCCAGAAUAAGAAGACUCCAUCACCAGUUCUGUUGGCAGGGUCAAUCAUGAAGUUUAUUGUAAGAUAUUUUGCAUGUAUCUCUGGACAAGGCCUAGGUUGCUCGCUUCUAAGAGAUUGAAAUCUAAAGUCUUGGUGUUUUCUCCUUUCACCACUGCCUUUUCAGUGGUGCUUGUCUGGGAGCCUAUUGGCACCCACCCCAGGAGUUUCAGGACCGGCAAGUGUUUCCUAAGAGCCAGGCUCUGAGCCGUAGGUCCAUAGCAAGUAACACGUGCAUCAUGUUUGCAUAGCAAGUACGCCUGUGAUUUACAUUACAGAUAACUACAGAUUUUGUACAGAUUUUUUUUUUUUAACUAUUUGAAAAUAAGAUUUUUUUUUCACGUACAGGCUAUAAAGAGCAGUACAGGGUCCAGCCCAGCUCCUUAGCUAGUUGUGAUGGAAUGAGGUAGCUGUGGCAGAAUUAAGUGACUGCUGCUCAAUUGAUGUAAAAGUCACCCGACGUCAGAGGCAACAAAAGCCACCUCGUGUGGUGACACUUGCCCUGUUCUUCUCUGGUGUGUUUCUCUUUCUGCAUUUAAAGUAAAGAACAGACUCGAAGCAUGUUUUAGAAAAAUCCUUUCAGUAUGACAGCCUAGACUCUCCGGCAUGGAGCCAUGUUUGUGGGACUCGGCUGUGGAGAUGCCCUGGGGCAGCACAUCGGGCUUGUGAACAAGCCUACAGGAAGCCUCCCUGCAGCUCCUGGGGGUCUGCCUCCUUGGCACUGCAGUGGAUGGCGUCAGAGCAGGGUGGGGCCAGAGCGGGGGACGAGCAGGUGUGCUGGCCAGGCCUGCUCCUCUGUCCCCACAGCACACAGCCCGUUUCCUCCUGUAUUCGGGGCACAUGACUGACCUUUUCUAUCCCAAAGCAUUCACUCUGUACCUAUGGCAAGGUCAGCCAACUCCAUGACUGCCACGCGUCCAUCUGGCCUUACCUCUCUGUCCUGGAGUCCACAGCAUGAUGUCUCCACUAGACAGGCAUAUGUGGAUGACUAAGGAAGGCCAUAUUUGAGCAGUGGGCUUGGGAAGUUCUCUCAGUUCCUCCUCUGGACAGCUAGGCAGGAAAAGGGUUUCCCAUCCAAGACCCACAUAGUGUGUGUGCUCAGAUGGUCACGAAGUGCAUCUCGCCACAGGGUGGCUUUGCCCACCCCUCGUCUGGAGCAGUGAGCAGACUUCAUAUACUGCUGGCAUCAGCUGCACAGGAGAGGGAGGGAGCCCUCUUCCAGUGUCCUCAGUGAGAGAUUAAGGUGUUAGGUGGGACCUGCGAUACCUCUCUUCAUCCCGGAAGCCCCCCUCGAGCUGGGCACUACCUGAGCGCCCCACACCAUGUGAACCUGAGUGCUGUUGUAUUGGCUCGGUGUGUGUGCUUUUUCUUGUGUAAAAUCAUUGUUCUUUUUGACAAGUGGCUUGUUUCAUUUAUUAUGGCUUUGAAAUAAAAAAUUGUGAGGGAGAAAAAAUCCAAUGAUUGUAUUGUGGUUAGAAGUUUUAUUACCAAGACGUUUAUGUAACUUUCCUUUCCCUUGUCAUUUUGAGGGGCUGUUCGACUCCUCCCUGAUGGCUUUUAGUCUUUCCUAUAUCAUAAUAAAACUGCAUUUUAUUCUGAAA